AUGGCGAUCGAGACCCCGCCACCCGCAUCCCCGACCGCCUGGCCCGCUUCCCCGACUGGCCGCACCCUCUCCGCGGCCUUCGCCGACGACCGCCGCCGCGAGGCCAGGCGCCGCGCCGUGCACCUCCUCCCGGGCUGCGGCAGGCCGCCGCAGCCGCGCUCCAAUCUCGUCAACCGCGUGCUCCACCGCUUCGGCGCCGCCUGCGUCCCUAAGAGCACCGCCGCCACCCCCACCCGGACGCCCCCGCUGCCUCGGCGGUCGUCAGUGUCGACGCCCCCGCGGCCUCGGCCGUCGUCGGCGUCGACGCCGCCCACGUCAACCCAGGUACCGGCACGCCUAGACCAGGCAGACGCGGAGAGAGUCGCUGCCAGGAGGCCUUUGAGGGAGAGAGAGGACGCCGCCGCCGUCGGAAGAGAGCCGACGCCGCCGGUGUCCCAAGCCAGUGCCGUGGCGGCCACCGAAGUGGUUGCCAGCCUUGCGAGCAACUGGAGAAGCGAUACCGCCACCACCGUCGGGAGAGGAGCAAACAUCUGGGUGAGGGUUUCGCGCAAGCCGAAGUCGCCGCAGGUGGACUCUCCGCAGCUGUCAGUGGAAUCAACAGCGGCGGCGGAGGAUCAGUACGUGUGGGCGGACAGGUACCGGCCCAGUGUGCUCGGGGAAUUCAUAUGCAACAAGGCCGUCGCCGAUGAGCUCCACCGGAUGGUGACUGAACGCCAAUGCAACCAUUUCAUAUUUGAAGGGGCGCAGGCUGUCGGGAAGAGAAGCAUGGUGCUGGCCCUUUUAAGAGAUGCUUUUGGUCCUGAUAAUCUCAAGAUAGAGGAAAUCACAAAGAGAAUCGAGCUGAAGGGAGAAAUCGCCAAACACAUUGAUGUUAAAGUGAAGAUUUCAGAUCAUCACGUGGAGGUAAACUUGGCUGAUUUACAUGGCUAUGAGAAGUAUGUCAUAACUACUUUGUUGAAUGAGUCAAUCCCACCACCGGACUUGAUUUGCGAUCAUGCUAACUGCAAAGUGAUUGUGGUCCAUGAUGCUGAUAGGCUUUCGUCUGAUCUUCAGCAUUAUGUCGGUUGGUUUUUGGGGAGGUAUGCAGGUUGCAACAAAAUUAUUUUCAGCUGCUCCAGUUCUUCAAACCUUGAUGCCGUUGAACAUUUAUGCAAGGUUGUCCGACUUAAACCACCUUCAUUUGAUGAGAUAAUCAAGGUUCUAGAGUUCAUUGCUACACAAGAAGGCAUAGAUUUGCCUCGUGGACUUGCCAGUAGAAUUGCAGCUAGCGCGAGUAAUAAUCUCCGACAGGCAAUACGCUCUUUUGAAGCUACAUGGAAAGCAAACUAUCCAUUCACGAAAGACCAGCCCAUUUUGACUGGAUGGGAGGAGGAAAUUUAUGAUGUUGCCAAAAAAAUCAUGGAGGAGCCAAGUCCAAAGCAGCUGUAUCUCAUUCGGCGGAAGAUCAGAAAAAUGAUUGAACAUAAUGUGUCACCUUAUUUCAUUUUCUGUCACUUGGUUAAUGAACUGAAAAGGGACAGGGAUGAAGAUUUUCAGAAUAGCAUCGAUGAACUGGCACUGGAGUUGAACCAAAACGAGCAGUGCAAAGAAUACAAAUCUCAGGACACAAUUUCUGACAAAAGAGCUAUCAAUAUAGAAGGUUUCGCUGUUGAAGGCCCGGACCAAGGGGAAGCCAUCCAAUGCUUCAUAAAGAUUGAAGAAUUCACUGUGAGGUUCAUGAGCUUCUACAGAUCUUUAAUAACGAAGAACUCAAGCAGAGGCGGUGUUCCUUCAUGA